GAUGCUAGUAAAUGAUUAACAAAUGAAUACUGUCUUAAGUUUCCCACCAACUUUCCUUAGCCGGGCCUCAGACAGUGACUGCGGGGUGCAGCAGGAGGCGCUAACUCUCCCCUACCUGCUGUUUGUCGCGCUGAACAUUGGCCCGGCGCUUGUGGCUGCCUUCCUCGGCUCUUAUGUGGAGCCCGUGGCUGCCGGCAGUGGCAUCCCGCAGGUCAAGUGUUACCUGAAUGGCGCCAAGGUGUCCCGCGUGGUGAGGAUCAAGACCCUGAUGAGCAAGGCCGUGGGGGUGACCUUCUCUGUGCUGGGAGGCCGGGCCGUGGGAAAGGUCAGGUCGUGGGCAAGGUCUGUGGCCGUGAGCUGACCACCAAGAUGCUGCUGCCCACGGUGCCAGCCAUGGCCAAGGGCAGGGUGGCCAAGACUACAGAUGAUGGGCCACUCCUAGACAAAGAGCGGCGGGGAAGAGGAUGGUUAAGACACCUUGUGCAUGUUAAUACUCUCUCAUACUUGUGCCAAGGCCUAACACUGUGUGGCCAACACUCUCAGCAGGGGCUUUGUCUUGUGAUGGACCUGGACACACUGUUCUGCGGCACCAGCAGCAGCAGCCUGCACAUCCAUGGCCUGCAGGAGGAGGACGAGGGGACGUACAGGUGCCGGGCGGAGAACAGGGAGGACUCGCUCGACGCCGUGGCCCACAUACAGGUCCAAGUUGCUCCGAGGUUUCUGAGGCAGCCGGCCAACGCUCUCGCCUAUGAGAAGGAGAACGUGGAGCUGGAGUGCAGCGUGUACGGCCAGCCAGAGCCCUCGCUCCACUGGCUCAAGAACGGCGAGCUGCUGGUGGAGACGGAAUACCUUCAGAGAACGCGUCCAGAACGUGAGUGCAGCUCCUCCAGCGAGGGACGGGAUGAAUACAAGACCCAGAUCAGCGACCUAAGUCCCGGGAGUAACUACAUGGUGCGGGUGGCGGCCCACACCUCCGGCGGCCUGGUGGGCGCCUCCAUACACGAGGUGCGGGUGUUCACCAAGCCGGACCUGGACCUGCCCUCCGCCUCAGAGUCUGAAAGUUGUCUCCACCUCACCCACCAGUCUGGAGGCCACUUGGUCGCCGCCCGUACUGGCCAAAACGCCCAUCACGGGAUACACCAUGUUCUAUACGCAGUUUUCUCCUCAGGUUGGGUCAGCAGAAGAACACGUAGUAAAGGUCACUGGUACGUCACAUGACCUCCAAGGCCUGGACCAGUUCACUGAGCACAGCGUGUGGCUCACCGCCGUCAACAGUAAUGGCGGGGGAGACGCCACCCCGGAGGUCACUGCCAGAACCUUCUCAGACGUGCCCUCAAAGGAGCCUCAGAAUGUGAGCGUUGAGGCUGCCAGCUCAAGGGCGAGUUGUGGAAGGCUUCCAAGGCAAAGAUACAUUGUGAAACUCGUUUUUAAAUAGCUUUCUGCUCUGUUCGUUUCCUUCACAUCAUCUCUACAAGUUGCACAUUCAUUGUUUCA